AUGACUGGAAGUAUCACUGAGAGGAAAGGCUCGUACAAGAAAAUACAGAAAGAGUUCUUGAAAAAGGCUCAAGAACUCAUCACCCUAUGUGAUAUUGAUAUAGCCACCGUUGAUUAUAGUGCUUAUCAUGAUAAACCUAAGGUAUUUCCAAAUCACGGUGUUGUUUUCAAUACCUUUACAAAGUUUAGAGAGCUUCUAGAGUUGGACCAAUCAAAAUACAUGGUGACACUAGAAGAGUUCACCAAGCAAAGGAUUAAUAAGUUGGAGGAACAACUGCACAAAGUCAGGAAGGAGAACAGGGUGAAGGAGUUAACAGAAAAGAUAUAUGAAGUGUUGAAUGGAAAAGAUAUUCCUGCUGAUAUACACACUUACGAUCUCAAUGAUCUGAGUUACAUGAUCAACCAGAACCUCAAACAGGUACAUGAAGCAAUAAAAGCGAAGGCUGGCGGAGAGGGUUUCAUAUCAAAUGCCCUUCAACCCAUUGAUGGACCGAUGGUACCUGAUGGGAUCAAAUCCGAGGAGCUAACGACCCCUCUGUUGGCCCCUCCAGAGGCUCCACUAUUGGCGGUUUCUCUGAAGGCUCCAUCAGUUGUUCAUGAUGCAACUAAAUUCAAUGGACCAAGCGCUCCUCUAUUGGCACCUGUUUUGGCUCCACUAUUGGUGGAACAGCAGGUCACUAUAGCUCAGCUCCAAAGCAAAGACAACAAAGCAGCAUCGGCAAAGCCAAAUCGAACUACUAAACCAAUCCGAGAGGAGGCCCGGAUAGUCGAGACCGACAAUGGAUCCGAGGCUGGUACAUCUACCGAGGUCUUGGAAAUGCUUGACAUAUUGGCUAAAUGA